ACAGUUACCAACCUCCAAACUUCUUCUUUUUCACUCUUUAUAUAAUCCUCUGAGUUCAUAAACGGCUACACACUCAUCCCACUAAGUUAAUCAUGGAGAAAGCAAGCACUAAAUCUGCUUUGAAGUUUGUGAAGAACACUUCUCAGUCUGCAGCUCAAUGGAGCAGUACUAAUUCUAGAGGAAUGGCUUCAAGAAGGUCACCACCCAAAGAAAGUAACAUGGCUUCAAGAAGGUCUCCACCCAAAGAAAGCACAUUGGCUCCACCAAAGUCUCCACCAAGGUCUCCACCCAAAGAAAAUACUAAGCCACAGGAAUUCAAACUCCACACUCAAGAAAGAGCUGUCAAGCGUGCAAUGUUCAAUUAUGCUGUGACAACAAAAUUCUAUAUCAUGGAGCUGCAAAAGAAACAAGAGGAGAGGCUGCAAAAGUUGAUUGAAGAGGAAGAGGUUCGUUUGCUAAGGAAGGAAAUGGUUCCAAGAGCUCAAUUGAUGCCUUAUUUUGAUAAACCAUUCUUCCCACAAAGAUCAAGCAGCAGGAGUGUUCCAAGAGAAUCGUGCCUCCACAUGAUGAGCAGCAAGUGCUGGAGCUGCAGCGUUGGCAAUGAAAUUUACAGCUUGCACCACUAUGGUCACCAAGCUCUCAAACCCAUCAAGUAGAAGCUUUGUGGGAAAGAGCAUGUAAAAUGUAUUCAUCUUUGAAUGUCAUGCAUGUUGUACACUAUCCGUAGGAAACUUAGAGUUUUGUACCAUACCAUGCCCCCACAACCUAGCUCCUUCAUUAGGCUUCUGGAGAUGUUUUGAUGAUGUUUUCUUUCUCAUAAAAUAAAGAUCAAUCAUGUACUUUUGUUGUUGUGUCUUGAUCUUGAUUGGUAUUUCCAUAUACCAAUGUCAAUGUACCAAUAUUUUCACAUUCCAAUGCCUUGUACUUUUUGGAAAUCAAUAGAAUACAAUUAUCAUUUUGCAUCUGAA